ACCCCCAAAUCUGUUCAUCCUUUGAAUUCACAAUCUUCACACUUUUAACCUAAGAGAGAAAAAUGGCACCAAAAGCAGAAAAGAAGCCGGCCGAGAAGAAGCCUGCAGCUGAGAAAACCCCCGUCGCCGAGAAAGCUCCGGCAGAGAAGAAGCCGAAAGCCGGAAAGAAGCUUCCAAAGGAUGCUGCCGCUGGUGAUAAGAAGAAGAAGAGGGCGAAGAAGUCGAUCGAGACUUACAAGAUCUACAUCUUCAAAGUCCUGAAGCAAGUGCAUCCCGAUAUCGGUAUUUCCAGCAAGGCCAUGGGUAUUAUGAACAGUUUCAUUAACGAUAUCUUUGAGAAACUUGCUCAAGAAGCUUCCCGACUUGCCCGCUACAACAAGAAGCCUACCAUCACUUCUCGGGAAAUUCAAACUGCUGUCCGAUUGGUCCUUCCUGGUGAAUUGGCUAAGCAUGCUGUCUCUGAAGGAACUAAGGCUGUUACCAAAUUCACAAGCUCUUGAAGAAUUUUAGGGUUUAUGUUUAGUUUUACUGUAUUAGGGUUUGAUAUUAGGUGUAAAAAUAGUUCCUUUUAGUAAUUAGCUUCCUUAAUCUGUACGCGUCUUGUGUAAUGUGGAGUGCUAAUUGGUCCAUCUAUGAAAUCUAUCAGCUUUUGUUAAUUGAA